CAGUGAAAGCAGAAUUACGAGAGCCGAGUUCAAACGAGCUGACGGUUUACCGAGAGAACCUGCUGCCUUCCUGCUCUGGACUGCUUUUAACGGAGAGCUGGGUUAGAAAUUGAACGAAAGACGGAAUGCUUGCUCGGGUGUUUGCAAACGGACUCGGUAACCGAGUUUCGAAGGAAACCAUGCGGACUGUCGGGCUGGGUGUUACGGGGCGGCAGGACAGGCACGCUUCUACAGAGGUGGCACUGAAAAAGACCCCACUAUAUGACUUCCACAGAGCUCAUGGUGGUAAGAUGGUGGAGUUUGCAGGGUGGAGUAUGCCUGUGCAGUACAAAGACAGUCACAUUAACUCCCAUAUGCACACACGCCAGCACUGCUCCAUCUUCGAUGUCAGUCACAUGCUGCAGACUAAAGUACAUGGCAAAAACAGAGUGAAGUUCAUGGAGUCUCUGACUGUUGGAGACAUUGCUGAACUAAAAGACAACCAGGGCACUCUUUCCCUCUUCACAAACACUAAAGGGGGAAUCAUGGAUGAUCUGAUUGUGACUAAAACAAAUCAAGGAUACCUGUAUGUUGUUUCCAAUGCUGGCUGUGCAGACAAAGAUUUUGCUCAUAUGCAAGACAGACUGCAGGAGCUUAAGUCAGCAGGUCAUGAUGUAGAUUUGGAGUUAAUGGAAGAAAGUUUGAUAGCCCUGCAGGGUCCAUCAAUGGCACGGGUUUUGCAGAAGGGUGUGUGUGAUGACCUCAGUAAGUUGACCUUUAUGACCAGUGUUUUGACACCAGUAUUUGGCAUACAGGGCUGCAGGGUCACACGCUGUGGAUAUACAGGGGAGGAUGGAGUUGAGAUCUCAGUACCGAGUGGAGAUGUUGUCUCACUGACUGAAAAGCUGUUAGCCGAUAGUGAGGUGAAACUUUCUGGCCUUGGUGCCAGGGACAGUCUCAGGCUGGAGGCGGGACUUUGUCUCUAUGGCAACGACAUUGAUGAGACCACCACACCUGUGGAAGCAAGUCUAGUGUGGACUAUAGGUAAGCGUCGUCGGCAGACACGAGACUUCCCAGGUGCUGACAUUAUUGUUCCACAAAUAAAGGCAAAGACUCAGAGGAAAAGAGUGGGACUGAUCUCCACUGGUCCACCUGUCAGACAACACACACCCAUACUGUCACCUGAGGGCAGGGUUAUAGGUGAGGUCACCAGUGGAUGCCCCUCCCCUUGCCUAAAACAGAACAUUGCGAUGGGCUAUGUGGAAGCUGGCUUCAGUAAAGUGGGCACACCAAUCCAGGUGGAAGUAAGGAAAAAAGCAGUGCCAGCUGUGAUCAGCAAAAUGCCAUUUGUGCUCACCAAGUACUACAUGGGCCAGUAGACACACUGAUCAUAGACUGAUAAAAACCAUCUGUGUUUGUGAGAAGGUCAGUUAUAGACCUAUUUGGCAGUAUUCAUAAGCGAACGUCCCAGCCACUGGAUUCCCAGACCAAAAUUAGAGAUUGUGACACUCUUCAACAUUAAACAUUCCAUAAUGCAGAAACAAAUGCACACUUUAAAAAGUUACAAUCUGUGUAAUAGAAAGUAAAUUAUAUUCCAUAAAUAUUUUACAUUCUGUAACACUUUUAUAACAGUAUGGCCAUUGCACUAGAGAUUCAGCUCAAAUGUAUUUUCAGGAUAUGGAAUUUGACCACUUGAUGUUUGUGUGUGUUGGUUUUUGCUCAUAAACAGAGCACCAGCACCUCUGUUUGCUGGAGUGUGGGAAGGUGACAUCUGUUUUCAAGGCUACCGAGUAAGUUUCUUGCAAUAACUGUAAAGGGCACACAGUACAUCACACACCUGAUUCAUAAUAUGCCAUAGUCCUAAUAUAGUAUCAGUGCUCUUUGAUGGGAACUGAAAAGAUGAUUAACCAAACUAAUCUGAGGAGAUAUUUGUUUUUUGUUUUGUUUAGAAAAGUGCCUAAUUUAUGAAGAGUAGUAUAAUUAAUUUUAAUGUCAUAAUCGUUAUCUCAUCACUGUCAAGUCUGUCUGAAAGAACAUUUCCAUUUAUGUUUAUUUUUGGUACAUAGAUAAUUUUCUUUUAUAUGCCUUUAUAAAUCUACCUGAUUGGUAGUUUUCCAAAAUAAGUAAAACGAUCAUUUUGUGUCAAGUCACAAAACAAUUUGGUACUAUUAGUAUUUAAUUGCCAAAAGUGUAUUGUCAUUAUUGUGUAAUAAAUUCAGAAUUAUGGUUAA